CGACGCUUGGCCAGUUUGGCAGACGUCCUUGUAUGUCAACUACACUGCCGCAAUGUUAAAGAUAGUGACUGUAUGCGCUUUGGCGCUGGUUGCCUCAUCCGGAGUGCAUGGGGAUGCUAGUCGACCCAUCAUCAACACAACUGGAGGUCAGAUUCAAGGUGUGACUGAAAGCUGCUCAACCUUGGGAUUCUGCACGUACUUCGCCUUCAAUGGAAUCCCGUACGCUGAACCACCAGUGGGAGAAUUGCGAUUCCGUAAUACCCAGCCACACAGAGGUUGGACUGGAGUGAAGGAUGGCAGCGAACAUAGGCCAUCCUGCCCGUCCAGUUCCAUGCGUGGGGAUGGAUAUUCUGGAGAUGAAGAUUGUUUGUUCUUGAAUGUCUACACGCAACAGCUGGUUGGUAGACGACCAGUUAUGGUUUGGAUCCAUGGUGGUUCAUUCUCUGGCGGAUCAGGAGACUCAUGGAUCUACGGACCAGACCAUUUGGUACAGGAACCGAUCGUUCUUGUGACCAUCAACUAUCGUUUGGGACUGUUGGGUUUCUUCAGUACUGGUGAUCAUCAUGCUCAGGGUAACUGGGGUAUGAAGGAUUGCGUUGAAGCUCUGCGCUGGGUACGCAACAAUAUUGCCAACUUUGGUGGUGAUCCAGACAAUGUUACAAUCUUCGGUGAGAGUGCCGGUGCUGCUGCCGUUCACUACCUGGUGCUGUCUCCAAUGGCUACUGGUCUGUUCCACAAAGCCAUCGCCCAAUCCGGAACAACCCUGGUGCCAUGGGGCUUCCAAUAUAACCCUCGUGAAAUGAUCCAACGCAUCCACGACAAGCUGGGUUAUCCAACCAAUGACAACGCAGAAUUGGUGCGUCUCAUGCGAUACACUCCGAAAGGAAACUUCGUUAAUCUGCAAGAAGGCUGGACCGAUAUUGCUAUUCCGCGAGGUUUCAAGCCAUUUGAAUUUGUUCCCACUGCUGAGCCACUGAACUCCCCUGAGCCAACAUUCCUUACCCAGCGUCCGAUCGACAUCCUCAAGGCUGGUACUUUCAACAAGGUCCCAUUCAUCAUUGGAUACAACAACCACGAGUCCUUGUUUAUGAUCCAUGAGCAUAGAAUCGAUUCCACCGUUUGGAAUGAAUUCGAAAGGAACCCUCAUUUCUUCGUUCCUCAUUUCUGGAAUAUUCAGCGCAAUUCGGCUGCAGAAACCGCAGUCCACACCAGAUUCCGCCAGUUGUACUUCCAGAACCGACCGCUCAACCCAGAUAUUAUGAUGGAGUGGGUCCUCUACCACACUGACCAGCAAUUCAUCUUCCCGUGUGACAAGGCUAUCCGGCUAACGGCUGAACAUAACCCUCAUAACACCUACUACUACCAGUUCAGCUUCGACGGAGCCUUGAAUCUGCCGAAACGUGCCGUAUUACUGUCCGAUUGGCCUGGAGCGAUGCACGCCGAUGAGCUGCCGUAUCUCUUCUCGAUGACCAACUUCAACGCCCCUGUGCUCCCGAGCAAUCCGGCUGCAGUCACCCGUAACCGCAUGGUUCGCAUGUGGGCCAACUUUGCCAUUACCGGAUCCCCAACCCCGAACUCGGACACGUUGCUCCAGAACAUCAACUGGGCCCCGUACAAUGCACAGACCCGCAGCUAUCUGGAAGUCGAUACCAACCUGGUCGUACGUCAGAACCCCAACAGCGCCCGUCUGGAUGUGUGGUACGAUCUGGAGCAGAACUAUGCCAACGAUCCGUUCCACUUCCCGUGGUCUUAGAUUAUUCAUAAAUGUUAGGUUUAAGAAGUUCAGAUGAAUAAAAAUGACCCUGUCUUUUCAAGGAGAUGUGUCUUCGAGGUGUAAUGAGUUAUGACUUCUAGACUUUAGUGAUCCAUCUCCUCUGAACUGCUUUUUCA